CUCCUCCCGGCAGAGGCGCAGUGCUGGAAAGUGGCAGCAGCAGCAGCAGCAGCAGCAGCGCCGACGCCGUUGCCCUCCCCCCGUCCGCCCGUUCUCCUCCUCCUCCUCCUCCUCCCCCCGAGCCCGGCCCAGCCUAGCCCAGCCCGGCCCCCGGCAGAGGCGCUCAAGAGAGCCGCUCAAGUUGGACGGAGCGACACCCGCAGCCAGCCGCCGCCGGGCGCAACACAGCCGUCCUGCUCCGGAGAGCUCGCUGCGCCUUCGCUUGGGCUUUGGAGACGCGUCUGCUUUUCGCUCAGUUCCUCCGGGCCGGUUUUUCCCCCGCCCUCCUCUUCCUCCUGCUGCUCUGCUUCUCCUCCCCACCCCCGUUUGAGUCAAACAAACAAACAAACAACAAACAACAACCACCCUGAAGUCGUUAUUUAUAUUCCCCCCUCCCUGUUUUUUGGUGCAAAACAAACAGAAACCCCUUUCCUCGUUAUUUGAGAGUUUCUGUGAAGUUUUUUUGGCGCAAGCCCGCCAGAGUUUGCAGCAGCAGCAGCAGCAGCAGCAGCAGGAGAAUUGGGAAGAGUCGCUUUUGGGGACCGGAGUUUCUUUGAGGUUCUUUUUGCCCCCUCCUCGCCUUUGAUACUCCCCCCUUUUUCGCAUUCUUUUAUAAGUGGGGAGGAGCUGCUUUUAUAUCUCUCCCUCCCCUCCCUCCCCUCCCCAAUCUCUCUAAAAGCCACAAAUUGCCCAGAGCCGGGGCGCAUUCGUUCCCCGGCGCGCCGCUCCGACGACUCUCUCUUUCCCUCUCUCUCCUUCCCCCGCCGGCCCGGUGCGCGGCUCGGCGGCUACCUCCCGGGGGGCGCCCCCCACACUCUCCUCAGAGGAAGCAGCGCCACCGGGCAAGAUGCUUUUCCAGGGCUUCGACCUGCUCUCGGCGCUGGCCACCGUCGUCGCCUGCCUCGUCUCGGUCACGCUCCUCCUGGCCGUCUCGCAGCAGCUGUGGCAGCUCCGCUGGGCCGCCACGCGCGACAAGAGCUGCAAGCUGCCCAUCCCCAAGGGCUCCAUGGGCUUCCCGCUCGUCGGAGAGACCUUCCACUGGCUCCUGCAGGUAAGCCCGCCGGCGUCGGGGGGCGGGAGAGCGGCGCAGACGCAGCCACGCUCGCCGGAGGCCUCCUAGCACCGUUCCGCCGGGCGCCCCGGCCGGCCAGCUCCGGGGGUCCUGGGCAGCUAGGACGCACCGUGUGGCUGCUGGAGGCUCCCCGCCGUCGUACAAAACGUGCGGCUUGCACAGUUGCUGCAAUGCCGCGCGCGCCGAUCCCUGGCCCCUUUCCUCGAGAGCAAGUCCUGCGCGCGACAGGCGAGCUUCUCCAAGUCCCAGCCAAUCCUUGAGGGGUUUGCAAAGCGAAUGGUCUCCCCACCCCCAGCCCCUCCAGCCGCGCCGCGUGGUUCUGCAGCCUCGGAAGGGGCCGGAUCCGCUUAACGGUCAGGCGCCCUCCCUCGCAGCCGGGGCUGGAACUGGUGACCUCCCUCCAGCCGAGCGUGGUGCUCGGGCGCUGGGCUCACUUCGGUCUCCUCCCCGUUUCCACGAGGGCUCUCUUCAAAAACUUCUCCCCCCAGCCCAACGAGUGUAGGAAGACCCGCUCAGGUCCGAAGGCAGGCGCCGGCGUGGCGGGCUGCAUUUCCCCUUUAAGGCGCGGGGUCUGUCUGGGGACCCCCUCGAGCCGCCAGGUAAGGACCGGCUCCGGGGAGGACCGCAGGGAGGGGGCGGGCUGGUGGCGCUGUCAGCAGCGGCGCCUCGCUCGGACUCCGGCAGCUCCCUCUGCCUGGAAUCCCGAGAGCGUGAUCUCGAGAUUCGCUGAGCAAAGCAGCGGGGAAGCCCCCGGGUCGAGAUAAUCGGGAGAUUAACCCGGGAUUAACCUUCUUAAAUGCUGAACAACCUCUCGAGGAACGCGAUCACUGGGGUGUGUGUGUGUGUGCGCGCGCGUGGAGAAUCCCGAGUUAAACCGAGAGGGAGAUGCAAGGUGGGGAGCAGAGAUAGACCCAGCAAAAGACAACCCCCUCCUUUCAAUAGGACACCCGUCAGCUCCUUGUCUCGCACCUCUCCGAAAUGCGCAAACUUUAUUACCUGUUCUAGAACCCUUAAACUUUGGGGAGGGGCAGCUCCCCCACCGCAGCCCCCCUUAGGAAAGUAUCUCUUGCUCGGAGAUGCUGCGACAUGGCCGUGGCUCGUGUCUUGUUGGUGGUGGGAGGGGGGGGCAAGCAGGUUGCCUUUUCCCGCGGAGGGUGCAGCUCUGGAACACCUCCCGCCGCGAUGGGUCCUCCUUCCGCCAGCUGGAGGAAAACCCUAUUCUGGGUCCUCGUCUCUAAACUCAGAAGUAACAGCAUCGCAGACUUAGCACGAGAGACCUCCAUGGAUGGAGGGGGUAGAGAGGGGAGCUCCCUGCCAGCAGCGCAAGGGUUAACUGCCCUCACUCAAUAGGGCUUUAUUUUUAAAAGAAAUUUAUCAGAUUUUUACAGGGGGACCGAGAAAGGGUUCUCCCUUUUCCACAAGGCUCCAUCCAAACAGAGUCCAGGGCUAAAAAUACAAAAAAAUUUGUAUAAAUUGGACUCCGGCUCGAAAACUCUCGCCACAUAAAGGCGGCCUUUGUACAGUGAUGGAAAUGUUGUACAAAUAACCCUUUAUUAAUGCCACAAAAAGUACUUUAAUUAUAUUUACGCAGAUCAAGAAACAGGGUCACCUGAACAUCUGAACUUCACAACUGUGCUUUUGUUUAAAAACACACACGCACACACGGGCGCCCCCCGCCGCCCCCCCCCACCUGCCCCCCAAAGGCUCCGCCACCCUCUUCGCUUAGAGACCCUGCAGCGGCUCGGGGGAGAGCCGCAGAGCUGGAUUUAAAGGGGCAGAUGCCUUUGCACAGUUUCUCCGAAAUUUUAUAGGGCACGUAAACCCCCUAAAAAACCCGAUGCUGGUACUGGAGGUGGGGGAGGUAGCAGAGGUGUGUGUAGGAUGUGUGAGGGGUGGGGAGAAGGCAGGGGAGGGGUGCUCAGGUCGCCUUUCCUUGCUGUCACGCUCUCUCCCCUGCUAAGGACCGGACCGGCAUGUGGGAAAGUUAUUAAAAGCCCCAAACUCUGUCCAACGACUUAGUCAAUGAUAAUUGCAGUGCGUUAAGGCAGUCGGUCCACACCCCACCCCCGCCCCGAAAAACGCACAUGACUGAAGAAGCUUUAUGGGGCUGAAAGCAAAGGGGAGAGGGGCGGUUGUGGAGUGGGGUGAGCCGGCUCUCUUAUCGUUGUUAAUUUGGGAUAGGGGUGUGCGUAAAAGCUGGGGGAAUUAAGUCAGCUCAGACGCGCUUUGUGCGUUCAUUCCACCAGCUGCCUGAAUGAAAGGAACCCACCAAUAUUUUGGGGGGCGAAAACUCCCAUGCGCUGGCUCCUUCCCCUUCCAACCCUAAGAGGGCAAGGCAAAGGAGAGGGCAGGAUCCCCGGUUUCCACUGGCCAUUAGCCAGACUCUGGAGUAGCCACAACAGUGAGAACCCUCCCAAGCUGUGUGUGACAUCUGCACCUUGCAUCUUAACCACAUAAAAUCACUUCCACUGCACACUUUGAAGCACAUGAGUCCUCCCAAAGAAUCCUGGGAACUCUAGUUUGCUAAGGGUGCCUGGAAGGUCCACUGGGUGCACUUCACCUCAAAUGUAACUGCCUCGUGAUUGAAGGGCCUUUGUCGAGGUUCAUGGUGAACCCCAAGUCUUCUUUUCAGGGCUUACGAGGUCAGAAUGUACACCUGAGCAUGUGCAGGGAGCCAGCGAGCAAUUGCAAUGACCAUCCCUCAUAGCUUUGGUUGGGACAGGUCUUCCCGGUCAGGCGAGAGCCCCAGAAUUAAACACAGCUCAUUAGCGCUAAUUAUCAAGCCGUUGCAUCAGUUGUGUUCCUCACAACCAUCCGGAUAAUGUUGAGACAAACUUGUGCCCAUAGAAUGGAUGAGGAAUGGUGGUCUGUCAGUUUCAGCCCUUGGUGGGCUCAGGGCUGCCCCGUCCCUGUGGGCCUUUCCUCACGCUCAAGUUACAAGAAAGGAGAAUCCGACGACUCUCCUUCCUUGGAGACUUUCAAGCAGAGGUUGGGUGGCCACCUGUCUUGGAUGCUUGAGCUGAGAUUCCUGCAUUGCAGGGGGUUGGACUGGAUGACCCUCGGGGUCCCUUCCAACUCCACCAUCCUAUGCUUCUGAAGAACUGGUAGAUGAGAGACAACAUUGCAGUAUCCUCCCUCCCGCAUCCCAUCUGCUGGUGCCCCCACAUCUUUGGAAGGCAUGUACGUGUUCAUUUGCGACACGUAACUUGGCUUACUUCCUGAAGCCAUCUGCUCAGGCUUCCAUCUGCAGGAGCUCUGCUGGAUCUAGAAGAUGUUUGUGGGCUUGACCAAGGAAGAGGGCAGAGGAGCUGAGGAAGGGCUGAACUUGGAUCUCCUCUGCCCAAGUUCACAGAGCUACAGGGGAGGAGGGGAGCCUCACCAGGGGUUGUGGCUCCAACCCCAGCCCCCCUCCCCUGCUCUGCAAUCUGGGCUCUGCACAAUACAUUUCAGCAGGGCUGCAGUUCACACUUUCUUCCCUAGACCAGGGCCACCGUUUCCCCCCAUUUCUCAAGCAUCGUCCACUGAUAAUAUUUCCAAUGCUCCACCUGUCAUUUAUUUAGAAAUGUUCCGGUUUGGAAAUCUGUGAAUGGAGGAUUCCUUUUCACAGCCUCACGUUCUCUGUUCCCCUCUAAUGUCAACCCUCAGCAUUUACAUUGCCAGCCAGUUUUUAACAGACCCUCCACCCCCACCCACUGGUGUGGGGUAGAGAUGCAAACACAGCAGAUCCAGGUGACUUUGGAGGCGCAACUAAGGUCAGGCUCAGGGUCCCUCCUCAGCAUCCCCAGGCACUAGGGCAAAGAGAGAGACCCUCGCCUGAAAUCCCAGAGGGCUGUUGCCAGUCAGUGUAGGUAAUAGUGAGCUAGAUGGACUAGGUAUACGGCAGCUUCUUUUUCCUUUCCCCUAAAGUUUAGCCAUUUUAAAAGACAUGACACUAAAGAAAAAAGGGAUGUGGAGGGAAAAGGAAAACAAGGCAGCCCAGAAUUCUUAAUGCUAGAAUAUUCUUAUAUUCCUGCUUCUUAGCUCCCUGCUCAGGAAGAAGGCUGGGGUAUUGGCCUUUGUGAACGGAAGAGCCUCUCCCCAAUUUUGAUUAUACCCUGCACGUAAAUGCUCCUUGAAAUUACGGACCCACUCAGGCAAGGUGGUUGAAAGAGGGUGGCAUGAGUUGAAUGCCCCCACCCCAUGCUUAAACUCCCAAAGGAAGGCAAGGACAUGAUUUGAGCCAGUCAAAAUGCCACACUCUGCACCAGAGCCCUUCUCCCCAAUUCUCUCUGUGUUGUAAUGCAACAAGGAAAAGGCAUUCUGCGUAUGUUCAAAUAUGCUUUAUAAUCCCACAUAUUGUGAGUCUGGGCUUUGGGGAGCUGCAGCUUAGGCAGGCUCACCGGGUGCUCACAGAGCUGGGAUGAGCGGGGAGGCAGAGGGCUUUUCAAAUAUCUGGGGAUGGCGGUGAUAAAUUGGAUGUCUCUGAGGUCAAGAGGGACCUCAGAACUGGAAGCGGGUUUCUCCCAACUUAGGAGGGUUUUCCCGGUUGCCUCUUUCAGGGCUCCUACUUCCAGUCGUCACGGAGGGAGAAAUAUGGGAACGUCUUCAAGACCCACUUGCUGGGCCGCCCCCUGGUCCGGGUGACGGGCGCCGAGAACGUCCGCAAGAUCCUGAUGGGCGAGCACAGCCUGGUCAGCACCGAGUGGCCCCGCAGCACGCGGAUGUUGCUGGGGCCCAACACUGUCGCCAACUCCAUCGGGGACAUCCACCGGCACAAGAGGAAGGUAAGAGUGGUGGCGGCAGCCUGUCUUGAAGGAGAAUGUGUAUGCGAGAGGGGAUUGUAGAGCUGGAAGGGAUCAGCCAGGUUCAUCCAACUCCCUGCAAUGCAGGAAUCACAACUAAAUCAUCUAGGCGUAGGGCCUUCUCGGUGGUGGCACCCACCCUGUGGAACGCCCUCCAGUAGAGGAGAUGAGGAACUAUACAACCUUUAGAAGUCACCUAAAAGCAGCCUAGGGAAGCUUUUUAAUGUGCAAUGUUGUGCUUUGUUUUUAUAUAUGUUGGAAGCCGCCCAGAGGGGCUGGGGCAACCCAGCCAGAUGGGUGGGGUACAAAUAAUAAAAUUAUUAUUGUUAUCAGUGCUUUUUUGAAGUUGUUACAGUAAGUGCAGCACUUUUUAACAACGACGAAAAGAGGUGCUGGUGCUGCGUGCCCUUGAAUAUCCCCUUUUUAGAAAAAGCACUUAUUAUUAUUAUUAUUAUUAUUAUUAUUAUUAUUAUCCCUUAGCGCAGAGGGUCUCAAAGGGUGUGGCAGGAAAGGAUGCCAAGUGUGGCAGGAAGAUUCAAGGGCAAUCAAAGAAACAUUGAAACAUUCCAGUGUAGCAUUGCGCAGUAUAGUAUCAAAAUAAAGUAUUUUUAUUUGCAGAGUUUUCAAAAUCAAGCACUGCUAGUUGUUGUUUCUCUCCUCCCCUCCCAAUAUAUUUCUCAUCAAUAAUAAUUUAAAAAAUCGGUGUGGCACGGGCAAAUUUUUAUUCUGAAAGUGUGGCCCAGAGAACAUUUAUUUUGAGAAUCCCUGCCUUAGCGGAGGGAGAUUCCAGCUAGAAUGUUGGGAUGCGGCCAGAGAGAUCACUUCCAAUCUAAGGUGCUCCGUGACCACGAUAAAAUAAGGAUGUGCUUAUUUCUGGAGCAAGUUCAAAACUUAGCUCUGCUGCAAAGCUGCAGCCCCCCCCGCCCCCCCCAGCCUUACCUGCUAAGAGUUGUAAAGGGAGCCUUUUCCAAGCCAACCAGUAAGUUAAGUUAGCUGCGUUGGCCAAAUACAAAAAAAAUUUCCAAAAUCCAUCUUAGGGCAACGCUUUUGUUAGGCCGACCAAAAAUAUCGUAACACCGCAUGUGAGGUUUGGAGUUGUCCUGAACUCUCCGCCUGCCAGGCUGGAUGAGAAGCAGAGCUAGCGAAGGAGGCAGCAAAACGGGGGGCUGGCACGGAGGAGGUGCCCAAAAUUCAUUUCGCCCCCCGUUUCCCACCUGGCCGGAGAAGAGUUCGGGGGACAUUUGGGUUGGCUGGACGAAAAGGUCGCCUUAGUCUGGAUUUUGAAAGAAGCAGGGAGCGUUGUCUUGACCCAUCACUUUGGAGCGUCUGUGCAUGUGCAGAGUGCGCCCGCCUCUCCGUGCGGCUAGAGGCUGGAUCCUCCUUAGGCACCUGAGGGCUGGUGGGAGUUGUAGUUCAAGGGCCCCCCCUUGGGGAAGGCUGAGUUCAGGGGGUGUCUGCAUCCGAUGAGAAGGGGGGCAUUUGGACCUCGCGUGGUGAGGCUUAGCUGUUGACGUGGGGAGUGAGGGUUGCCCCCCACCCAAUAGUAACUGUGGCAGCGAGCUCUGUCGGUGGUGGGGUCCCUUUUGCGUGGGCAUUUCGGGGAGUGUAUGGGGGGGUCUCUUCCAUCCGACGUCAUCUUCUAACGCCCCCCCCUCCCCAAUGCUUUGCGGGCUGCGGCUUCUGCCCCCUCCCCUUCGCCCGCCCCACGUGGGCUUCCUCUUUCUCUUCCAAACCCCCCCCCCCCCGUGUCUCAACAUUAGACGCGGCGGCCUUUGAGGAAUUUAAAGGGGCGAUGGGACUCCGCCGACGCCGCUUAGCCACGCGUUGCGGACAAACGCCCCGCACCCCGACGUCGGUUGGCUCCGCUGACUUGACACGGUAGUGGGCGAGGGGGGUGUCGGGCAGCGCAUUCACACGUGGCGCCCCCUCCUCCUUCGCGCACUGAGAGCCCUUUCCUCUCUCCCCCCGCCCUCCGCCGGUCGCCAUCGAGUCGCUUUGCGCGCGGUCACCGUCCCUUAAGCCACCUCGUGAGGCUUUACUCGCGAGCAAGCAAUAGGCGCAGGAUCGCGGCAAGCUUCUUCCGCAGCAAAGGGUUGCCCGUCGGGUGGCUUCAGUCGCGCUUCUCGGAGACCAUCGCGGACCCUUCCCACGCUCUGUGACAAAAUCCCGUGAUCCGCGCGCCCCGCCGGAAAAGCUAGUUUGAAGCGGGUGUUUUCAGCGAGGAUGACGUGCGCGGGGGCCCCUGAGCACGUGCAGAGCGCUUUCCCCAGGAAAGGCUGGCUCGCAGGGAAGCGGACCGUGUUUUUGAGACGGGCAGCCGGGCGGGCUGCCUGAGCCCCGGAACCUUUUGCUGGCCGUCGGGGAGGCUUUUGCCACCGGGGCUCUGCAGGGGUGGAGGGUGGGCUUCGCCGCUCUCCGGCCCGGGGGCUCCGUCGAGGCCCCGUCGAGGCGCAGGCGCCCCCGGCCCGCCGACCCCCGCGGCGAGGCUGUCUGGGCUGCCGUCGGGGGAGCCGUCCGCGGGCUUAAUGGCUUUCGGGUGUCCUCCUGCUGAACGGCGGGCGGCGGCGGCGGCUCCGCCCCUGGCUGCCUCCCUCCGUCGGCGAGGCCGGGAAUCUCCCCGGCUCCGGCCGCCCCUUCCAGGCGGCACGUAGGGAAGUUGAACUGUAGUAACCUGGAAGGCGCGGCGGCGCGCCGGCGGCUCCAGCCUUAAAAGGGCGAUGCCCCAGGCGGGACCACCGCGCCGCUCGACGGCUCCCCGCAACUAGAAGGGCACCCUCGGACCUGGGACCUAUAGACGCUCAGGCUUCUCCAACGGGAUGCCCUCUGCCCGUUUCACACUAAGCGGCUGAAGGGCACCAGAUUGGCAGAAGCCGGUUUCACGGGGUUCACAGGCAUUUUCGGGGGGGGGGGGCGGCAGCCGGCCCAGUGAGGUUUAUUGAUUGCAUUUAUAUCUCACCUUUUCCUCCAAGGAGCUAAGGGUUUGUUCAUGGUUACCCCCCCUCCAUUUAAGCCCCAGAGGCUGCAACUGGCCCAACGUCACUCAUUGAGCCUUGUGGCAGAGGCAGGAUUUGAACCCUGGUCUCCCAGGUCCUAGUCCUUAUUUAAUCCCCACAACAUCCCUGUAAGGUAGGACAGAGAGUCAGCAAUUAGCCCAAGGUCAUCCCGUGCUCUUUGUGGCCAAGGGGGGGGGGCGGUUGGAGCUGUGGCCUCCCAGGCCCUAGCACAACACUGUAACCACUGUGCGACGCUGCCUCUUCCUUGAUGUGUCCCAGUAGCUCACAGGAGUGUGAUUCAAAAAUGCCAGUCUUUCAAAGAUGACCAUGCUUUUCUUGGUGUGGUGUAUAGUUAAACUGCGGAACUACCUCCUUCAGGAGGCUGUCAAAAAAGAGAGAGGACUGGACAAAUUGAUGGAGAGGGCUAUCGAUGGCUGCCAGCUGCAAUGACUAUGCUUUGCCUCUGCAUUUGGAGGCAGCGAUGCUUCUGAAUCGCAGUUGCUGGAAACCAGAGGGGGGCUGUUCUUGUGUUCAAAUCCUGCUGUUUCCCACUGGCAUCUGGUUGGCCUCUGUGAGAACAGAACACUGGGCUAGAUGGGUUCUCUGGGACUGAGCGACCACACACUUCUUACAUUCUUAUGAGACUGUGUCAACAACAACAACAACAAUAAUAAUAAUAAUAAUAAUACCCCGGGACACGGGUGGUGCUGUGUGUUAAACCACAGAGCCUAGGACUUGGCGAUCCGAAGGUUGGCAGUUCGAAUCCCCGCAACGGGGUGAGCUCCCGUUGCUCGGUCCCUGCUCCUGCCCACCUAGCAGUUCGGAAGCACAUCAAAGUGCAAGGAGAUAAAUAGGUACCGCUCCGGCGGGAAGGUAAAGGGCGUUUCCGUGUGCUGCUCUGGUUCGCCAGAAGCGGCUUAGUCCUGCUGGCCACAUGACCCGGAAGCUGUACGCCGGCUCCCUCGGCCAAUAAAGCGAGAUGAGCGCUGCAACCUCAGAGUCUGCCACGACUGGACCUAGUGGUCAGGGGUCCCUUUAAUAAUACCCCACCCAUCUGGCUGGGUUGGUGGGUUGCAAUGGAGAGUUGGCCUUGCCAUAACAGGAGGGUGUCUUUGAGUGCCCUUUGGGUUUAAUUUGGUUUUUAAGGACAGCCUUGCUCAGGUCUGCUUUCUGCUCUCCUCCUCGCCCCAGGCUCCCAUCUCUCUUGAAACCCCACAGCAGACCCUGCUUAGCUGUGCUAAGGGGAUGAAACUUUGGAAACAGCCGUGGUGACAGUGGGGCAAAUUGCCUCCCACCCCCAUCUCGCCCCCCUCCCCUGAAUGGGCCCCUGUCUCUGAAAUGCUGCGAUGCCGAUGGCCUCCAGGCUUCAGGCCUGCCUUUGCUGCUUCGGAGAGUGGCUGUCUUGUUAGGGAAGGAGGGCUGGGAACAGGGUGUGCCCCUCUGCCAGCGGCAGGAAGCGAGAGCCCUUCAAUUUCAGCCCCCUCCAGUUUCCUAUUCAGGACUCCUGCGCAAGGCAGGACAGACCAGAAAUGGCUUUCAGGUACAUCUAAAUAUUUUUCUGCUUUGCCUUUGGAACAGAGAGAGGCUCCUCCCCACUCUCGCCCCCUCUGCACCAACAACACUCAUUCCCCAAAUCUCAGUAGGUGGAGGACAUCAUGGGGACAGGUUGAACUGGGAGCCCGCUCCACAUCCUCCGUCUUCAAGGUGGGUGGGUGGUUCUCAUAGUUCCUGUGAAAUUACUUGGACAGUUUUCUGUCUCAGCGGUUAUGCUCAGCUGUGGGUUUUGUAACCCGCACCUCUGGGCAUGUGCAGAAUGUUCAGGCUUUGUGGCCAAGACCCCAUGCAGGUGAGGCUGCCAUGGAAGAAGGCACCUUCUCCAGGUAUUAUUAUUAAUAUUAUUAAUAAUAUUAAUAUUUUUUUUAUUUAUCCCCCACCUUCCCUGGCCAGAGUCGAGCUCAGGGCGGCUAACACCAGUAAAAGUACAGUAAAAACGUAAUGGGGGGGGGGGGGAACCCAAUACAGGUUAAAAUGCAAUUUAAAAUGCAGCCUCAUUUAAAAGUAGCCCAUGGAUCAAAACCAUAAGGGGAGGGAAACAGAGGGGUCAGACGGAGUCCAAACCAAAGGCCAGGCGGAACAGCUCUGUCUUGCAGGCCCUGCAGAAAGAUGUCAAGUCCCGCAGGGCCCUGGUCUCUUGUGACAGAGAGUUCCACUAAGUCGGGGCCAGUACUGAAAAGGCCCUGGCCCUGUUGUUGUUUAGUCGUUUAGUCAUGUCCGACUCUUCGUGACCCCCUGGACCAGAGCAUACCAGGCACGCCUGUCUUCCACUGCUUCCCGCAGUUCGGUCAAACUCAUGCUGGUAGCUUCGAGAACAGUGUCCCACCAUCUCAUCCUCUGUCGUCCCCUUCUUCUUGUGCCCUCCAUCUUUCCCAACAUCAGGGUCUUUUCCAGGGAGUCUUCUCUUCUCAUGAGAUGGCCAAAGUCUUGGAGCCUCAGCUUCAGGAUCUGUCCUUCCAGUGAGCACUCAGGGCUGAUUUCCUUCAGAAUGGAUAGGUUUGAUCUUCUUGCAGUCCAUGGGACUCUCCAGAGUCUCCUCCAGCAUCAGAAUCCAAAAGCAUCAAUUCUUUAUGGUUCAGCUCUCACUUCACUAUGGUCCAGCCCUGGCCCUAGUUGAGACCAAUCUAGCCACCUUGUGACCUGGGACCUCCAAAGUGUUGUCAUUUGUGGAAGAGCCUGCUGGAUGAGGCCAUUGGCCCACCAGGUCCAGCAUCCUAUUCUUACAGGGGCCAACCAGAGCCACCCUGGCUAGGAGCCAUUUAUAUCUUAUCCUCUUCCAGGAAUUUGCCUAAUCCUCUUUUAAAGUCGGUGCCCAUUAACUGCCUCCUGUGGGAGAGAGUUCCGCAGAUUCUGCAGAAGCACUUUUCUCUGCCCUAAAUCUUCCAACUUCCAGCUUCGUUCUUUGCUGCAGGAAAGGGGGAAAUAAAUGGCAGAAGGAUGCAGCACGUCAGGGGGCUCCGCCAAAAGGUUCUUUCUGCGAUGCCUCUUUCCGGAGAUUGCCUCUGUGUGAUUUCAGGAGAGGGGUCCCUUUCAACCAGAGGCAGUCUUGGUGCCAGGGGCCUCACCCUCCAGCUGGAACCGUUUCCUUUGGGGGAGAGAAUGGGUUCUGCCUCUCCAGGGCUGCCCUUUAAUUAUGGCAUUUCCAGAUUGCCAGGGUCAGGUGAGCCUCAUGUGUCCAGGUGUCAGGGGGCCUCCCGCCGCGCACGGUGCUCCUGCUACGCCUGCCUGCCUGGCCUUUGAAGGAUGUUCUCCAUGCUAUUUUGCUGCCCCACCCCUGUCCUUCUCAAGCAUCUCCUUCUCUGCCCCAGGGCUGAUCAGGCUGGUGACUGAAGGGGAGCUCUCUCCCCUCCCUGCACAUUCCAAAGGCCAAGCAGGCAAUGGCCCCAAUCCUGCAGGAGUCCCUCUGAAAUAAGGGGUGGAGAGCUCAGUGUGCACAUCCUUCCCUGCUCCGCGUAGCUUCUUGCCCAGAAUACUGUAUGCAAAGUAACCUUUCCCCCCAAAUUCUUUAUUGAUUUUCAAAAAUUCAAAACAUACAUACAUGCAUACAUCCUGUUUAAAUCUUGGUAACAUUAUUAAGUGACUUCCUCAAAUCCCCUUGGUUGAAUUUCAUUAUAUUUCAUUUUAACAGUUUUCCAAAACCGAUUUUUUCAAAAAAUUAACUUGAUCACUUGACAUCUUUCAUUCUUUCUAAUUUAACUUUAAACACCUUGAAUCUUAUCCUUACAUAUUUAUAUCCUAAGCCUAUCUAAUAUUUGCAAGCUUUUCCAAUUAAAUUAUCUUAACAUAUUUAGCUAAAUAGUCUUUAAAUUUCAUCCAUUCUUCCUGGUAUUCCUCCUGCUGCAGGGCAUCACUUUUGCCUAACCCCCCCCCCCCGGAAGUAAGCAAUGCAUUGCAGCAAUUUAUUUGCAUUAUAGGAUUUUGUAGUAUUGUGGAGUUGGGGGCGUCAUCUAGUCCUGCCCGCCUGCAAUGCAGCCUUAGUCAUUUUCUUUUUGCACAGAGCGUGGUUGUCUGCUCAGGCUGCACCCUUCCUUUCCCCCACCCAUCUCUGUCCUCUGCAUUCUUCCCCACAACAACCCUGUGAGGUAGGCUAGGCUGAGAGGGCAUGGCUGGCCCAAAGUCACCCAUUGAGCUUGCUGGCUGACUGGGGAUUAAUAAUAAUAAUAAUAAUAAUAAAAUAUUGUUAUUUAUACCCCACCCUUCCCGGUUCAAAAUCCGGGCUCAGGGCAGCUAACAACAAGUUUAAAACACUUAAUUAUAAAAGCAGUAUAAAAUACAGUGUAAAAACAUGAAUAACAAUAAAAUUCAAAAAUCAAUGUAGGGGAAAUAAGCAUUAGAUAAUCCCCAAGGCUAGCUGGCUGAAUUGAUCCUGCUUGGGCCAGUGAGGAGGCCAGGGGAGAAUUAGCUGAACUCGGGUCACCACAGCCGUAGUCCAAGACUCUUAAUUGCGAUGCCACACUGACUUUCUAGUGUCGGCUCUUUUCCAGGGGCCAAAUUCCCCCCCCCCCAAAUCUCUCUGUCUGGACUCUCACCCCCCCAUGGCCUCCUCCAGCCCUUUUGACUGGCUGGGAUGAGCCCUUGAACCCUAAUGAUGCUUUGCGGUCUCUCCUUCCUUAUAAGUGCAGCUGUGAUGGCCACCUGUCAUGUGUGAUUUAGCUGAGAUUCCUGCAUUGCAGGGGGUUGGACUGGAUGACCCCUGAGGUCCCCUCCAACUCUCCAGUUCUAUGAUAAGACAGAGAGGGGUGUGAGCACAGAAGGGUCUGCCUGGCUGCAAUGUGGGUACCCUAUGGGUGGGUGCUAAGGCAACAGCAAACACUUGUCUCUUGGCCCCUCUUGCUUUUGCUCCUUGCAUCCUGAAUCAUCCACCUUGAGCGUGCGGCCCUUGAAAAGUUGUUCAGGAGGCCACAUGACCCUCAGGCUGUCUUUGCUCCCCCUCCCCUGUGCCUGGACUUUGCCAAUGUUCUCCAAAGUGUAACACCCCUCCUCUGUGCAAAGCCCUCUGCUGGCCUUAAGAGCAUCUAAUGCUCUGGCCCCACACAUUUAGCUGUGAAUCCUGCAUGUCAGGGGGUUGGACUAGAUGACCUUUGGGGGGUCCCAGCUCCACAAUUCCAUGGUUUGGGCAUCCCAUUCAAGGCUGGGACUCAAACUGCGCUCCUCUGCAUGGCUUUGGAAAGAAAGAAAAACCAGCGAUUCCGCCUCUCUUGCCUAACUCGUAGGGUGCCAAGCGGCAGCUGAAAAAGCUGUUUUUGGAGAGUGUUUUUCCCCUCCUCCUCCUCCUCCUCUCUCCUCUCUCCCCGCCCGUCUCCUGGGCCAAGUGCAAGGCCAGGGAGCCCUCUCUUUGUUUUCUGUUCCGCUGGAGCUGGCAGACUCCCGAGACAUGCUCUCCUGCUUGCGAUCGCGGCCCCAGCAGCCAAAAAUACCGGCAUGUAAGAUUUGCAAGGCCACUGAACCAUCAAUUCGGGUAUCCUGUCUUGAGCAGCGGCCAGGGCUGGAGGCCUCGGUGCAAGCGCUGUGUGGAUGCGGCUUUGGAGCUUGCCUGUGUGUGAGGAGGAGGAGGAGGACAAAGCGCUUUCAGAGUCUGGGUUCCUCGCUGCUACCGGGGGGAGCCUGAAUCUGCCCUCUCUGAUCAAAGCACAUUGUUUGGGGGCUUAUGUUUUGAGCACUUGUCCUGUCUGUUCCUUCGGACAAAGCUUAGCACAGGCCCCCUUUCCUUGUAAAUCUACUGUAGAGGGUUCCCCAAUUUGGAGUGCCUGGGACCUCUCCAUGCAAGUCCCCGGAAUUGUGCUUGUUUGAUUUGUUUUACUCAUUUUAACGGAGGAGCACAUUUGGGCACGCCAAGGAGUGCGCCCCUGGACCUGCUCCCUCCAUGGGAAAAAACAAAUAGGGGUGCUGUUAUUAUUAUUCCUUCCAUUUCCAUACCGCUUUAUAUUUUUAAGGAAACAGAUCUCAAAGAGAUCUACAAGCCGCAUCAAAAUAUCAAAUAAUUCGUUCCAAAUUUAUGAUAAAAAAUGCAGAAGAAGAAUCAAAUGCAAAAUAUUCAUUCAAAGCAGUAUAAAAUAACAGGAAACUAAAGCGUUAUCAUAAAUAUGUUUUUUUUUAAAGCCAAGAUCAAGUAUAGAAUAUACAUUUAAUGUUGCAAGAGUGAUCUUUUUAUCUUAAACGUUUUGAAAUAAAACAUUCUUAAAGGCAGUGAAAUGUAGAAGACACAUUUAAAACAGCAUGAUGAGAAUAAAAGGCCAGGGUUUGCACACUGAAACUUUCACGCUCAUAAAAUAGAAAUGAUGGGGCUGAUUUCUGCUGCUGCUGUUACGAAGUAGGAGGGAAUUGAAUCAAAGGCCCUGGGGUUUAUUUUAUCUUUUGCCAUGUAUACACCUUUUCCCUCUGAGGACCUCAAGGUGGUGUAUGCAUGGCUCACCCCAUCCCCACAACAGCCCUGUGAGGUAGAUUAGACUGAGAGGCAGUGGCUGGCCAAAGGUCACCCACUGAGCUUCAUGGCCGAGUGGGAUUCGAACCCUGGUCUCUCCCACGUCCUAGUACAACACACGAACCACUUCACCGCACUGGCACGCUUUGAGAAUUGGUGCAGCGUGGCAUGGAGUUGAAUCUAGAACUGAGCCUUCAGGGCUGAGAUGGUGCCCGGCUGCAGGCCAUGGGGGUCCUCCUGUGUGGCUUUUCCAUCAGGGCGUCACUGGUGUGCAACUGAACCGUGGUGCAUUAUGUGCCGCAUGGCUCAGAUGUGCACAGAAAGCCAUAAGCCAGCCCACACCAGGUGGCCACUGUGGAGACUGGGGCCUCAUCAUCCUCUUAAUUCUCCAAUUUGUCAACAUGUUUUUGGAAACCUGGUCUGCAAAACAGUAGCCUGGCAGCCCGGUACCACCAUACUGGUAACAGUGAGAUCAGUGCUGUGAUCUCCUGAGCUGUGGACAGGAAGCAUGUGCAAAUAAGUCUCAUUAGUCUUUUGUGCUGCAGCAGUGCAUCCCUGGCUCAAUUUCAGUGUGUUGCCCGUUGUGGGCUCUGGGGGAUGCUGGAAGCAUAUCCAGGCACCCUUCCGGGGUGCCACCCAGUGGGACUCCCUUGGGACCUGUAAGCUCUACCCACUAGUGCUCACAGCCCUGCUGCUGUUCAUCCCUUGGAUCUCACAUCCCAGGAUGAAAGAGAGGCGAGUCAAGAGCGCUUGGCCUUGCCAUGGGCAGCUGAUUUCCUCUUGGCUCCCCUGAAACCUGGAUUCACCCCUUCGGCAUGCAAACAACUUGGAGGUUGAAGCGAGUUCAGUUGUUGUCGAAGGGCAGCUGAUCACGUAAACAGGCCUGGUGUUGACUUUCGUUUGAUGUUUCCACUUAAGAAAGCUUCCGUCUGCUGCAAUUGUAUAGAACGGGGGCUGAAUAUUUGCAGGAAGAUUGUAUCUGGCAAUUGCAGCCGGGGAUUUGUGUGGUGCCAGUCUCGAUCUGAAAUUUACUCUCCACCCAAAGGUCACCCGGAGGUCUCCCCUUUCUCCACCCCCCGCCACCCCGACCCAGAAAAAAAACAGCCAAACAAGAGGGAGGCUCUGAGGUUCCCAGCAAAGACUCUUGUGUCGCACAUACCUGGAGCGCACUGUACAUCCUGCUGCCGAGACACACCGGUGCAAGAAUGUUCUGCCUAAGGAAAACCAUAAAGCUUGAAAUAUCCUGUUUUCAUUCCACUCGGUGGCUCGGUUGGGCGUUCAGAGUCGAGAUCAUUCAGCUCCUCUUUGGAGCAAGCGGCUUCUGGUGUUGGCGGCCGCAAGGGGCCUUCAGGAGACUGGCAAAGGUGUCUCUGCUCUUUAAAGAGCUGCCCCCUUUUGCAUUGAGCAUCACUGUCCCACAAAAAGCAUAUUAGGGCAUCAAAAGAGGAUGGGACCAAUUCAUGGAGUUCAAAUCCUGUUUGCAUGUGGUUGGCUGCUGUGACAACAGGAUGCUGGACUGAGUGGGCCCCUUGGGCCUGAUCCUGCGGGGCUCUUGCGUUGUUCCAGCCUCCAGAAUGUUCCAGUUUGGAAGGCUUCACACUGAUGCUACCAGGAAAAGGGUUUUGGGGUUGCAGAUCUAAGUUCACUUCCCAGGGUGCAAAAUACAAUUGAGUUCAAAGGGAUCAAUGUCUGAUUAAACAUACUUAGCAGGAUUGCACCAUUAAUUUAUCUUCCACGCCCCCCCUUUUAUUGUUGGCCUUCUCCCUUUCCAGUGUGGGGGGGAUUUGGGGGACAGACUUAUUGCACAAAUUUGCAUCAGAUUUGGGGAUGCUGGUGUUGACACAUCGAUGUCUCUGGACAAAGGAAGGUGGCAGGUGCCUUGCAGGAAACAUGCACUUUGCAAGGUACCCUGUAAACAUCCUUUUCUAAUCUUUAUUUUAAAAAAAGUUUUAAUAAAGGGAGUGGCAGGAGCUCCACAGCACAGCAAAAAAAAUGAAAACAAUUAAGACCCAGGAUUUGUCCUCUCCCCCCCACAAAGACCACCACUCAAAUUACAACCCUCCACCAAAAAAAUUGCCAAUACCAAAUGACCACAACUUUGAAUAAAUGUUAUAUGUUUCCUAGGUUUAGUGCAUUGAGUUCCUCCUCCUGCACUGCAGGCGGUUGGACUAGAUGACCCUGAGAAUUCCUUCCAACUCUACAAUUCCAUGAUUUUAUGAUGCAUGCCAUACUUAUGAAAUGAAUUCUGAAAACAUAUGGAUCUAUUCCAAAGGGUUUUGAACACACACCCAUUAAAAAAAAAAAGUGUCUUAGCUGUCAGAUGAUUAAAAUUAUGCAUUACAAUAAGCCGCACCCUUUGCAUAGCUGGAUUCGUGAGUGCAAGGAUUGUGCUGCAGGGCUGAGUGAAAACAUUUUGUCACCCCCAAGCGCCUCCCCAGUAUGAUCCCAGAGGCAUCUUUGGGAUGAGAAUUUCAGAAAGCGGGGGGCUGUUUAUGAGGAAGGGUCACACCACAGCAUCUUUUCCUUAUGUGCUCCUCUUGGAUCAUGUGGUCUAGCCGCUUGGGCAGUAAAAUGUCUUGGGGAAACCAUUACGUCCUGCCUCUCAAAGGAUCACCGCCGUAAGCUGGCCCUGCCGCCCUAGCUGACGUGUAAAAGACGUCGGGAGCGUCCAAAGGGGACUGAAACUCCUCCAAUGUCAAGAGACCUUUGUCUAACGUCACUCCAGAAAACUCGGAUAGAGUGUCUCCAGCGGGCGUAUAAAAAUAUCACCGUCUCUGUGCAAUUUCUGCACUCGGAGACAUAAUAAUUAACAACCGAUUCCACAACUUCAAAAGCUCCCGGAUUUCAGACAUUCCUGCCGAGUGGCUCCAGGGUUGGUUUGGUUAUAGAGUUCAGCGCAGCGUUCCAUGUGAAAUGGAUCCCAGCCCUACCACAACGUGUGUGAUGUUACUUAGCUUCCCCUGAGCAAGUGUGGGGCAAGACCACCUCUGUCGCCGUCUCCCAGGUAGCAGGGAAAUGUGGGGAGGGAAUGAAGAACAGUCUCACAAGGUCACGGGGGGCAAGGUGGGGUGGGUGGGUGGCAGAGGAGAACCUCUGGGUGGAUCUAAGUGACCAGCUUCCCUGUCAAGUCGAUGCGUGUGUAAUUAUUGGUUGCAAGGCUCAGGGCGGAUAAAGUCAUUUCUUGUGCAGUGCAUAGUUAAUCUGCGGAACUCGCCUGUGCAGGAGACAGUGACGGCCAUUGACUUUGUUGGCCUUAAAAGAGGAUUAGACAAAUUCAUGGAGAAGAGGACUCUUGAUGGGCUCCUAGCUCUGCUUUGCCUCCACAAUUGGGGACAGAGCUGCUUCUGAAUCCCAGGUCUGGAAACCACCCAAUGGGAGAGUGUCGCUCUUGUGCUCAAUCUUACUUGCUGGUUUUCUGCAGGCAUCUGGCUGGCCCCUGUGAGCACAGGAAGCUGGCCUAGAUGGGCCACUGGCCUGAUCCUGCAAUUUCUUCUUCGCAUUUGCAGAAGACUCCCUUUCGAUUGUGGAGAGACCCAGCCAAUUAUCGCCUUUGUGGCCGCUUUGCAUGAUAGAUUAAAGACUCGAUUGCUACGUGGUGCAUACAAUCCGGAUCCUUGAUUAUUUUUGCUAAAGAAAGGCUCCAUUUUUUUGAACACCUCCCCCCCCCCCGACCACUUAGCAAUAGCAUCGUUCCACCUCUGCCAAGAUCUACCUUCAGGUGUCAAUGGGUGGCCUUGCAGAAGCAGAGGGCACGGUUUGGACAUGUCUCCCUGUUCUUUCAUCUCCGCUCCACUGGUCAGGUCUCUGCAAUUCCCAGGACACCUGUGCAGUCUAGAAGGCAGCGGAUGGCCUGUUGGGGUGGGGGUGCAGUGGGGGGGGGGUAGGAAGAGCUAUUCUGCAAUUGCUCACUAGAGGGCGCAGGGGUAUUAAUGUAUGCAGGUAAGAGGGGAAUGCAGAGAGCCUGCUGGGGUUUCCACAGUGGGAUGAUUUUUCAGAGCCCUGCAAGGGGGCUGGAGGGAGAGGGGGGACUCUGGCACCACCCCCAUUUUUACCCCGAUCUGCUGAGAGAGAAAGGACCCUGUUAGGGGGACAGGCAGCAGCUCAGUAGUCAGCAUCUGCCUGGAAAGCAGGAUACCGCAGGUACAAUCCCUGCCUGCCUCUCCACAUAGGUCUGGAAGACCCUCCCUGCCAGAAAUCCCAGAGAGGCACUGCUGCCAGUCAGAUACUGAGCAGGUGGACCCAAUGGUCUGACUCUGUAUGCAGUAGCUUUCUCUGAUGCAGUGCAGCCCAGACCUCUCUCGGGCUUCCGUUUCCCCGCUGAGCUACCCAGAGGACUUCUGCCAUUAGGUGGCAUAUAAAUAUUGGAAGAAAAUAAAAAGAGGAAACAGAAAUGUGGCUGACCACCUGCACCUCUUCGCCUUCCCUCUUGGCAGGCUUCCUUUCCUACAGGGAGACCGUAAGAGCCUGCAGGAUCAGGCCCACCUAGGCCAGCAUCUGUUCCUGUCCUCUCUCCACAGCCGAAGGCAGCGAUGUUUCUGAAAAGCAGUUGCUGGAAAGCACAGCAGGAGGAGAGAGGACCCCUGAGCUCCGAUCCUGCUUGUGGAACAUUUUGUGUCCCUUAUGGAGAAGGUCAAACUCUGGCCUGAGAUCCCAGAACAGACUCCGUUUUGCUGUUUGUUCAUUUCUAAUGCAGGGGAGCUUAUGCCUCCCACCAGGACUUGAGUAAUAUCGACCCCUAAGUGAGGACAAAAUUUGACGUCCCCCCAAAUAUUUAUGUUCACAUUCACAAUACAGUCAUACCUCAGGUUACAUAUGCUUCAGGUUGCGUUUUUUCGGGUUAUGGACCACCAAAACCUGGAAGUACCGAAAAGGGUUACUUCUGGGUUUCGGCAGUUGCGAAUGCGCAAAAGUGCUAAAUCACACUUUUUACAUGCGCAGAAGCGCUGAAUUGCAACCCACGUGUGCGCAGACGCGCCACUGCGGGUUGCGAAUGUGCAUCCUGCAUGGAUCAUGUUUGCAACCCGAGUAUCCACUGCAAUUCCUUUUGGUACAGUUGCUUUCUUAUGGAUCUUCGCAGUAGGGACCUGUAUAAAUAUAUUAUUCUUUACUGCCCCCUGUUCUUGGCGUCCCCAGACUGCCCUAAAUCUGGUGUUGCGCCCAUCCCACCUAGGAAUGCGUAGCAAGUCAGGCUUAGCCCUCCUAAUGAAGCAGGCAUUGUUGGCGCGGAGGCAAAGGCCAUUAAAAAACGGGGGCUGUUAUUUGACUAAACAAAACCAGAGCAGAAGGCUCCCCGUGCCGUGUCAGGGCAGAGCUGCGUCCAAGAAACAGCUCCUUUUCCUGGGCAGAACCCAGUGGCUGAACAGAUCUGCGUGCGUGGCUUGGGGUGGGAAUUCUCUCUCCCACACAGCUUGCAAAGUGAGGCUCUUGGAGCAAGGAUCUCUCCAGCCCUGCAAGCGGAGAGGACCUUGCUUGCUCUGCCUUCCCAAAUCUCCAACCCCCCACCUCGCAAGCCCUCCUUGACACGAGCCAGAUUCCUGGAGACGGCUGCAUCGCGCAGGACCACCUGAGCUUUACCUUGGCGCGUGCUCCCCGCUGCUACUGGAGCUGGGGGGCCCAGAUCAUGACGGUAGCAGCAGCAGCGUCGCACAUGUCAGUUAAUAAAAAAUAAGCAAACAUUCUCCUUCCGCCCAGGAUUCAGGGCAGAGGGAGGGCGAGAGAGGCAACGCGGGGCAGAACAUAAAUAUCAGGACUGGAGAGACUGCUGGCUGCAAGAGAGAGGCCAUGGGAGCCUUGAAGGAGAUCAGAAGAGCCUACAGGAUCAGGCCAAAGGCCCUUAAGGUCCAUAAAUAGCAACACCCUAGAGGUCCCUAAGGAUGUCAGAUUAGCUUCAACCAGAGCCAGGGCCUUUUCAGUGGUGGCUCUGGCCUGGUGGAACGCUCUGACUCAUGAGACCAGGGCCCUGUGGGAUCUGAUUUCUUUCCGCAGGGCCUGUAAGACAGAGUUGUUCCGCCUGGCCUUUGGCUUGGAAUCAACUUGAUCCCCUCCCCCUCUUUCCUUUUUCCUUUCUCCUUCUGUGAUGGAACUCCUAUUCGGGGACUUCCCUGGCUUUUUUCUGGCCCACAUAAGAUAAUUGGCCUUUGUGAAGAUUUGACAUUUUCAUCCCCAAAAAGUUUCUGAUUUGAGUUUCUACUGAAAUGAAGCUGCAUUUUAAUGUUGUACUUAAUCUUGUUUGAAUUAAGUACAACAUUAAAAUGCAUCCUCAAUUGUUUUUAUACCUGGUGUUAGCCGCCCUGAGCCCGGUCUUGGCUGGGGAGGGCGGGGUAUAAAUAAAAUUGUUGUUGUUGUUGUUGUUGUUGUUGUUGUUGUUGUUAUGGUUAUGUCCAGCAUCCUGUUCUCACAAAGGCCAACCAGAUGACCCAAGCAGAAACUCACAAGCAGGAUCCACGCACAAGAGGAACACACUCGCCUCCUGUGGCUUCCAGCGACCGGUCUUCAGAAGCAUUGCUGUGGAGACAGAGCAUAACUAUCCUGCCUAGGAGCCACUGAUGGCCUCCAUGAGCUUGUCGAAUCCUCCUUUAAAGCCAUCUUUAGAAGGAGAUGUCUGUCGAUGGCUCCUAGCAAAGGUGGCUGCGCUCUGUCCUCCACAGUUGGAAGCAGCAAGGCUUCUGAAUACCACUUGCUGGAUCCAUGCGAGGAGAGAAUCCUGCUCUUGGGCUCAUGUUCUGCUCCCUGGUUUCCCACUGGCAUUUAGUUGGCCGCUCUGAGAACAGGAUGCUCUUCUGAUGUCCUCAUGCAAGUUCCAUCGUUUGUGCUGUGUGAAGAAGUAUCUUAACCGUCCUUUCUUGGUGUUCAGAUAUCUGGGUCAUCAAUGCCAUUCCCUCCACUCCUUGCCAAUGAAACCCUCAGCCAGGGGUGGCCAGGCUGGCCCAAGACAUUUCGCUGUGCCAGGGCUCUGGUGUUCAGAAGCAUUAUUGCUGCUGCCAACUGUGAAGGCAGAACAUGGCCAUUGUGGCUAGUGACCAUCCAUAGACCUCUCCUCCAUGAAUUUCUCUAAUUCUUUUUCAAAGGCAUCCUGUGGGAGAGAGUUCCAUAGAUUAACUUUUGUCUCUCCUGAAUCUGUCAACUUCAUUGGCCGUCCAUGAGUCCAAGUGUUACGAGAGAGGGAGAAAGCAUUUUCUCUCUAUCCACAUUUCCCAUGCUGCACAUAAUUUUAUGAACUUCUCCAAUGUUGCCUCCGACUUGCCUUUGCCCAAACCCUGCAACCUUCCUUUGUAGGGGAGCUGUGUAACUGGGCCAGUGAUUCCUGCCUGUGCCCAAUGGCAGCCAAGGAGCAAUGUCUGUUCCACUGUCGAACUAUCAGAAAGUUUCCCCUGGUGUUUUCCUGAUAUACCUGUCCCUUCCAUUUCAGGUGUUCUCCAAAAUCUUCAGCCAUGAAGCCCUGGAGAGCUACCUGCCCAAGAUCCAGCUGGUGAUCCAGGACACCUUGAGGGCAUGGAGCAGCAACCCGGAUCCCAUCAAUGUCUACUAUGAAGCCCAGCAGCUCACCUUCCGCAUGGCCAUCCGGGUCUUGCUGGGCUUCCGGAUCCCGGACGAAGACCUCAGCCAGCUCUUUGAGGUCUACCAGCAGUUCAUGGAGAACGUCUUCUCCUUGCCUGUGGACCUGCCUUUUAGCGGCUACCGGAAGGUAAGAGAUGUCUUGGUCAGGAGAAGUGGCUUGGAAGAAGAACACCAUGGCCUACAGAAGGCGCUGGGUUCGAUCCUUAGGAUGAAAGUGACCAGUUAAGCAGGCGAUGGGAAGGGGAGCUGUCUCUGUGCCCAAGACCCCAGAGAGCUGUCACCAGGCAGAGUAGACAUUAUGGAAAUAUACUGACCUCCCUAUUAGGUAGUGUUCAGAGCAUCUUGGAGCAUGUCCAGAUGGCUCUGAUUCUGGAGGGUCAGCUGGGCCGUUUGCUCUCCCUCUCCCUGCAGGUGUUGGGUGUUUCACCUGCUGAUGCUGUGAUUCCUGCAUUGCAGGGGGCUGGAGCAGAUGAUUUUGGGGUUGCUAUCAGGGCUGUCUUAAGCAUAUCCGGGGCCGUGGUGCAAAGAUCCCUCCGGCGCCCCUCCUGGCAACUCCAAAACAAGGGAGGGGGUGGUGGAAAAUGUCCUCUGCCUCCCCCACCACCCCAAUCCCCGGCAUGGUGGCGGUGAUCAAGCAGGAAAACGUGCUGGCGGACAUGCUUUCUGGCAUCAGGGCGCCCGAGAAGGCAGCCUGGGAAGGCUGCUCGCCGCCUUUCGCCCGGAAGCAGGAGGAGGACAACGACCAGGAGCAGGGCUGUCUUUAGCAGUUGCAGAAGCUUGGGAGGGAAGCUGCGCAGCUUCCAUCCUAAGCCCCUGCAGGGGUCGCUCUCCUCCUGAGGAGGCUUGGGAAGGAAGCUGCAUGCCCACCAGCCAUAUAGUUAGCGGGGUGCAGCUGGCGGGCGUGCAGGGAAAGGGGAGGCUGCUGGCACAGCCGCACAGCUCCCCUACUCGCUAGGGCGCCCCUGAGAGGCUGGUGCCCUGGCGCAGCGAACCACUAACACCAGUGGGAAAGACGGCUCUGGUUGCUAUACUUCUGUGAUGCUCCAGGGGAGGCUGGAGCUGAGAGUGAGAAGAGAGCAGGACGUGGGCUUUGCUGUGUGGCAGCUGCUCUUCCUGGGUUCCAACCUCCUCCUUUUUCCUCCAGGGAAUCCGUGCUCGAGAGCUGUUGCAGAAGAGCUUGGAGAAAGCCAUCCGGGAAAAGCUGCAGAACACGCAGGGCAAGGACUACUCCGACGCCCUGGACCUCCUGAUCGAAAGCGGCAAGGAACACGGCAAGGAGCUCACCAUGCAGGAACUGAAGGUGGGUCGAGGCUGGGUGGCCGCAAGGAGCCCUUGGCUCUUGUUCUUGCACAGGAUAAAGACAACCUCUCCUGCAAUAAUACAACAUGGUCUGGGGGAAAGGCUGUAGUUCAGUGGCAGAGCAUCUCCUCUGCAUGCAGGUUCAAUCCUCAAAAGGAGCUCUAGGUAGGUUGGGAGAGAACCUUGUCUUGAACCCUGGAGAGCUGCUGCCGGUCAGUGUAGACAAUAUUGAGGUAGAUGGGAUGCAAUAGUCUGACUCAGCAUAAAGCAGCUGCCUAUGUUGCUCUAAUAAUAAUAAUAAUAAUAAUAAUAAUAAUAAUAAAUUUUAUUCAUACCCUGCCCUCCCCAGCCAAGACCGGGCUCAGGGCUGCGAACACCAAAUAUAAAAACAAUUGAUUGAAAUACAACUUAAAAACAAGAUUAAAAUACAACAUUAAAAUGCAGCCUCAUUUCAGUAGGAACUCAAACCAAAAACUUUUUGGGGGAUGAAAACGUCAAGUCUUCACCAAGGCCAACUAUCCAGACUGGUCCUACGUGGGCCAGAAAAAAGCCAGGGAAGUCCCCAAAUAGGAGUUCCAUCACAGAAGGAGAAAGGAAAAAGGAAAGAGGGGAAGGAGAUCAAGUGGAUUCCAAGCCAAAGGCCAGGCGGAACAACUCUGUCUUACAGGCUGUGUGGAAAGAAAUCAGAUCCUGCAGGGCCCUGGUCUCAUGAGGCAGAGCAUUCCACCAAGUUGGGGCCAGUGUUGAAAAGGCCCUGGCUGUGGUUGAGGCUAAUCUGACUUCCUUAGGACCCGGGACCUCUAGGGUGUUGCUAUUUAUGGACCUUAAGGUCCUCCAAGGGGCAUACAGGGAGAGGCGGUCCCGUAGGUACGAGGGUCCUCUGCCUUCCCAUAGCAACUUGGCCAACCUUCUCCAGACUGGGGACCUCUAGGUCAUUUGGAUGCUAAGUCACAACAGCCUCCAGUCAACACCAGCCAUGCUCUCAUCUGAAGAACCUGGGGGGCAGCAGGCUGGGGGAGGCUGGUCUUCCCUCUCCUAUACUACAACCGUGAGAAACGGUUCUUUAGGAGAGGAAGCCCUGCGCCUUGUCUGGCUUUGCGCAUCAGUCAACUCUUGAUAUGCCCUGCUGCCUGUCGCUGCCAUUGCUGCUUCUCACCUCCGGGGCGCUGUGGAGGUUGGGGGUCACAGGCCCUGAGUGGGUGGGUGGGGUAGAGCUCAUCUCAGUCCUACUCAGUUCAGGGGCUUUUGAUGCUGGUGGUCUCAUGGCUGCUCUGCUGAACAGCAUCAGCCACAAUGGCUCAAGUGUUUUUAAUUGUUUUUAUUUAGGUGAUUGUUUCGGGCUGUUUUUAUCGUAUUGUUUUGUUUCUGAUGUGUUUCCUGCUCCGGGUUCCUUUGGGAGGGAGGGCAAGUAAUAAAUUCAGUCAAUCACUCACUCACUCACUCACUCACUCAAUCAAUCAAUCAGUCAAAAUGUGUAAAAUCUGUUGGAACUUUAAGGGAAAUUAAAAGGAUUCAUUUAUUUUUUAAGAAAGAAAGAAAGAAAGAAAGAAAGAAAGAAAGAAACCCACCUUAAAGCAGUUUAGAAAGAGAACAAAAUCCAUAAAAACAACUCAUUGAAACAUUCUACUAAAAACGUGCAUCCACAUUUUACAUGUCUGUGGAGCCUUGUCUAAGCAGGCAGCAAAAUAGUACAGUCAUACCUCGGGUUACAGACGCUUCGGAUUGCGUGAUUUCGGGUUUGUGCACUGCGCCAAACCCGGAAGUACAGGAAAGGGUUACUUCCGGGUUUCAGUGCUUGCACAUGUGCAGAAGCGCCAAAUCACGCCCCGCGUGUGCGCAGACACGGCGCUGCGGGUCGCGAAUGUGCUUCCUGCAUGGAUCACGUUCGUAACCUGAACAUCUACUUGUACAUGAAUUGCCUGCUUGUUCUCAAUAGACAGGGAGUUCCAGGGUUUAGGUGCUGCCACACUGCAAGACUGAGUGCUUCCCAAAUGUGGGUCGGGUAUUAUGUGGGGCCUGCAAGAGUGCCAGUUUCACAGGCUAAAGUGGUCCAGUGGGUAAGGCAAACUUUGAUAAGGGGAAUGAAAAUCCCUCCAGCCCCCCAGAGGGCAAACAAGCUGCUUCCCUGGUCCAAAAGCAAUCCUAUAAUGCAAGGGCGCCAGAAUGCCAGAAUGGGGAUUUGAACCCGUGACUCCAUGGGACUGACCACACCGUGCUGGCUCUCUCUCACUCGCAACACACGUCUCUCUCUCCUUUCAGGACGGCACCCUCGAGCUGAUCUUUGCCGCCUACGCCACUACGGCCAGCGCCAGCACCUCCCUGAUCAUGCAGCUCCUGAAGCACCCCAGGGUGCUGGAAAAGCUCCGGGAGGAGCUGAGGAGCAAAGGCAUCCUCCACAACGGGUGCCUCUGCGAGGGCUCCCUCCAGCUGGACACCAUCAGCAGCCUCCUCUACCUGGACUGCGUCAUCAAGGAAGUCCUGCGGCUCUUCACCCCCAUCUCUGGAGGGUACCGGACGGUUUUGCAGACCUUCGAGCUGGACGUGAGUACGGAGACCUGCCUUAGAACCCAUCUCUGGCUCGCUGCGUGAGGAAGGGGGCCUGGCAGGAGAUCUGCUGCACCUGGCGUGGGGUUCAGUUCUGUAUAGAGCAAAACGCCUUGCAUAUUGUGCCUCCAUUGAGUUGCUUCCCUUUUCCGUAAAAGUUUCCCCAGGGGACACGCCUACCGAAAUGGAAAUUGACCAAAUGCACAGCUGCUUAAAGGGAUCCUGGACCUAAUGGUCAGGGGUCCCUUUACCUUUAUAAAGUGAUCUGGCUCCCAGCCUCGAUGGCUGCACUCCGCCUCCGUUGUCAGAGGCAGCGAUGCUUCUGAAUGUCCAUUGCUGGAGCUUGCAGGUUUCUCAUAAAGGGCAACUGGUCUAUCUUAAAUAUGUCAUUUCAUUUGUGAGACUGUAACCAGUCUGUUAAUAAGUCUCUUAUCUCAUCAUUGUAUUUUGAUAUUUUGUUGGAAGCCAUCCAGAGUGGCUGGGGAAGCCCAGCCAGAUGGGUGGGGAAUGAAUGAAUAAACAAACAAACAAACAAACAAACAAAUAAAUAAAUAUUAUUUAUUUAGUUUAUUUGUACCCUUUAUUUGCAAAACUAAAAAAAUGUCUUGGGGGGGAAAAAGAACAAAUGCUAAAACAUUCAAAAGAACCAGGCAGAAGGCCUUCUCAGUGGUGGUGCCCACACUGUGGAACGCCUUCCUAUCAGAUGUCAAGGAAAUAAACAACUAUCUGACUUUUAGAAGAUGGUGCUGACCUUUAAAGCCCUAAAUGGCUUCAGCCCAGUAUAUCUAAAGGAGCAUCUCCACCUCCAUCGUUCCACCCGGACACUGAGGUCCAGCUCUGAGGGCCUGCUGGCAGUUCCCUCCCUGCGAGAAGAGGGCCUUCUCGGUGGUGGUGCCCCCUGUAGAACGCCCUUUCAUCAGAUGUCAAGGAAAUAAACAACUAUCUGACUUUUAGGAGACAUCUGAAGGCAGCCCUGUUUAGGGAAGAUUUUAAUGUUUGAUGUUUUAUUGUGCUUAAUAUUCUGUUGGGAGCUGCCCAGAGUGGCUGGUGAAACCCAGCCAGAUGGGCAGGGUAAUAUUAUUAUUAUUAUUAUUAUUAUUAAUCUGCAGUAAACUGAAAACAGAUUCAAACCUAAUUUACAUUCUCCUCUUCCUCCCCCUCUUCCUCCUCCUCCACAGGGUUUCCAAAUCCCCAAAGGCUGGAGUGUCAUGUACAGCAUUCGGGACACUCACGACACGGCUCCCGUCUUCAAGGAUGUGGACGUGUUUGACCCCGACCGCUUUGCCCAGGGCCGCACGGAAGACAAAGACGGCAGGUUCCACUACCUUCCUUUUGGCGGAGGCGUAAGGACCUGUCUGGGCAAGCACCUGGCCAAGCUGUUCCUCAAGGCUCUGGCCAUCGAGCUGGCCAGCACCAGCCGCUUUGAGCUGGCCACCAGAACUUUCCCCCGCAUCACGCUGGUGCCCGUCGUCCACCCGGUGGACGGGCUCAAGGUCAAGUUUUUCGGACUCGACUCGAACCAGAACGAAAUCUUGACAGAGACAGAAGCCAUGCUGGGCGCCACUGUGUAAACCGGACCCUCGGUUUGCUUUCUCUUGGUUGGGGAGGUUGAGGGCCCCCAGAAUGGAGGAAUGGAAAGGGAAAAGCCCAGCUUGCCAUGGACGAUGGAGACCUGCCGCCUGACACCUCUUGGGCAAAGCCUUCUCUGACGAAUAUGCCAAAACGACGGUGGCGCAUUAGCGCGAGGGGUGGGCAGGUGGGGAACAGGUUGCGGAGACCACCUGGAUGGAUUCUGUUUUGUUUUGUUUUGUUUUGUUUUAACACUAAGCAGAAGGGGAUUGUCUUGGCUAUAAACAGUACGUAAAUGUUAAUAUAUGCACAUAUAUAUAAAUAUAUAUAAAUAUAUAAAUAUAAUCCGAAACAGAAGCUUUUCUGUUGCAAGGAGAGAUUCCUCGCUGCUCCUGCUGCUGCUGUCGUGCUGCUCUUUCUUGGGGUUCAGGACCCCCUGCUCUUUGCUGGCCCCCGGAGGUCUGGGUGUCCUGCCCUUCUGUCAGAAGCCUUACCUGACCGGGGUCGGGGUAGCGAGUGACCUCUGGCAGAUCCUGACCUUCGAAGCAUCAGUGUUAAACUGGUCAGUGACCUGCGGGGAAUAUCUUUUUUAUUUUUGCUUUCUUUAGAGAGAGUGGCCAAGAGGACCCCCUCUGUGGGGUCUGGCUAAAGUCAGUAUUGUGUGUUGGUGGGAGGAAUACAUUUUUGCGUUGCCAUAGCGACGGCUUUGCUGCAUCCUAUGGCUCCAGGAGGUACCAGGAUGUCUGCUUAAACAGGGCCUGGCGUUGGAACUGCUAUACACCACAUUGAUGCUCAGCUCCUUGUGUGUUGAAGACACGCAUGGGGAAGUUGUCAGAAAAACGGCUGAGGAAGAACAUGGAUUUUUAAAAAUUAUCCAGAGGUUUAGGCAUGAGUUAGGAGCCCAUCUUCAGCAGAGCGUGGGGGGACUUUGGAGUCCAUGCAUUUGAGACUCCUUGGCCUGUUCUUCCGGCUGAUUUUAAGACACCUGUUUUAAAAUCACUGCUGUGGAAGUGUAAUAUUGAAGAACUGACCUGUGGACUCUCAUGAGAAGAAGCUUCUCUGUGUCUGGGGAGCACCAAAACUCUCUGAUCACCAGCCAAAUUUCAAAGCCUGUGGCCACCUCCUAACUAUGAUAACGAGGGUCAGUGACAAAUGUCGAGAAUGGGGUUCAGGAGCAAAAUACGGUUUUCUGGAGCUGAUUCUCUGCCGCCCAUGUUUAAAUCCUCUGUUGGUCCCAUCCUGCCAUCCACCAUCCAACCCAAAGCCAUGGUGAUCAUUGCAUAGACUUCCCUUAGGCACGGUUGAGUGUUUAAUGUGCUCUUGCGCCCUUAAGCCAAACUGCCGUUACUUUGCAAGAGAGAGAACCCACACACUCUCACACACCCUGCCAUGGGGAAAGCCCCCAUCCCUGGUUCCCCCCAUCUAUUUAAGGAAAUUUCUAUUUAAGGAAAUGGGUUUCCAAUCAAGUAGCCACAUUUCUGGGGCCAUCCUUUGAAUUCAGAACAAUGGUUGCCUACAUUGUUAGCCAUGUUUACCAUCAGGUGGUUGUUGUUGCUUUUGAAAAAAAUAAUUAUAUUAUUGUUGAUCCUUGGACCCAAGUGGUUGCUCUGACGUGUUGCAGGCUCUCAGAUCCCAUAACCUCCUCAUCAGUUGCGGGAGUUCAGAACCAGUCAUGUCUGAAAGCAAAGUUCCAAACCAUGGAGAAACAGGGUAAAUUCUGGAGGCGCUUUCUGUGCAGCUGAAAUACUUUUGAGCAGCCCUCCCUGGUUAGCUGUGGCCAGUCAAGAGAGUUCAGGCCAUGCCCAGUUUGCAGGGAAACUCUCAAAGCCCCUGGGACUUGUGGAUUGCAGGAAGCAAGCAAGCAAGGAAUAUUAUUCUUUUAUCAAAGCCAAUUCAAAUGCCAAAUCAUUAGCUGCCAUCUAGGGGUUGGACUAACACACCUCAGAGGGUUGUUUUGGGGACAAAAUGGUGGGAGGGAGCAAACCAUGCAGGCUGCCUGGAACUCCAUGGAGGAAAAAGUGGUAUAUAAAUGUAAGAAAUAAAUGAAAAAAAUAAGCAAAUAAAUAACUUCCUUGACGGGCUUGAGCCCUGGCACUUUCCCCACCCCAAAAUUAACCACUGUAUGCUCAGGGCCUGACUUGAGCCGUCGCUGCCCUUCAGAAGUUUGGGGCAAAGCAUUUUGGGGGCACAAGGCUGGUCUGCUCAGCUUCCAUCCUCUUUUUCACUCCUGGUGAGGCAUAAGUCUUAAGAUGCACGGAAUAGGAUUGCAAACCCUGCUUUAGCUGAGAUUCCAGUGUGGUGUAGUGGUUAAGAGCAGUAGUCUUGUAAUCUGGGGAACCGGGUUCGCAUCUCCGCUCCUCCACAAGCAGCUGCUGGGUGACCUUGGGCCAGUCACACUUCUCUGAAAUCUCUCAGCCCCACUCACCUCACAGAGUGUUUGUUGUGGGGGAGGAAGGGAAAGGAGAAUGUGAGCCGCUUUGAGACUCCUCAGGGUAGAGAUAAAGCGGGAUAUCAAAUCUAAACUCCUCCUCCUCCUCCUCUUCCUCCUUCUUCUGCAUCCUUUGUUCUCUAAUACGGGCAGACCUCCUAGUUUGGGGGGAGGGAGGGUCCCCCACACCACUCAGUGUGGUGUAGGACAGCCAGUGUGGUGUAGUGGUUAAGAGCGAUAGACUUGUAAUCUGGUGAACCAGGUUUGAUUCCCUGCUCCUCCACCUGCAGCUGCUGGGUGACCUUGGGCCAGUCACGCUUCUCUGAAGUCUCUCAGCCUCACUCACCUCACAGAGUGUUUGUUGUGGGGCAGGAAGGAGAAUGUGAGCCGCUUUGAGACUCCUCAGGGUAGUGAUAAAGUGGGGUGUCAAAUCCAAACUCUCCUCCUUCUUUUUCCUGCAUUGCAGGGGGUUGGACCAGAUGACCCCCAGGGUCCCUUCCAACUCUACCGUCCUAUGAUUCUAAAGAUAAAUCCACCUUUGCCUUUUGUUUCCGUUAACAAGAUCAGCUCUGGCUUCCCUUUCCCCCUCCCUAAGGUCUCCCAACCUGUUCCCUCCCACAAUACAGCAGAUCUAUGCCAUCCACAGAUAUAUAAAAGUGCUGAGGUUUGUGUCCAGUGGGCAACUUGUGAGGUUGGUUGCUGGGCUGGCAGCAGGAACAUUGUUGAGGGGCGGGGCGGUCAGUGAAGCCGCUUGCCCUUUUGAGGGGCGCACCCCACAAUCCUUUGCAGAGGGUGCUGGGACAGCACUCUUCAAAUGGUGCGUGGGCCAACGAUGGGGCGGCGGUCGACCCAGGCAUGGCGAGGAAAGUGGAGCAUGAAAAUACAUGCUCUGAUGUGAAGCAGAGGAAAAGACAUGCUCACUGCAAGUUGAGCAGCCCACCAGAAGAUGGACCAGUAAUGGGGGGGGGAGGGGAGAAAUAUAAGAGGCAUACAUUUAUAAACUUUAUAUAUAUAUGCAUACGUGUGCGUUGUAUCUAGGCAAGGAUAGCUCCUGUUCGAUUUACCAUUCCUAACUAAUAUAACUUGACUAAAAAAAAGAAAAGAUAUUAAAAUUGUUACUGCAGUUUGCAGGAUGAAGCACUUUUGAGUCUCAGAAUAUGUGUCUUGUCUUGUGUGUCUUUUUUUAAUUUGCUGGCACAGUUCCAAUUUGCUAUAUUAUUUUAUACACAAAGGUGGUGUGGUGUUUUUGUUUUUUGGUCUGAGUUUAUAAACUUAUUAUUGUUAUUGUUAUUAUUAUUAUAAGUACUAUUUUUGUUAUAAUUCAAAAUAGAUAUUUAGUAUAAAAAAAAGUUCGCCUGUUUCUUUUUUUUAAGAAAAAAAUAUUUGUUAUUUAGUAAAGUAUGGGAUAUCUCACCCCUGCUCUGCCUCCUUCUUUAUUGUAAAACAACAACAAAGAAAAAACUUGUCUGCAAGGGAAAAGAAAGCAAUUAAUAUGGUUUUAUUUGCAUGUGGCCCAAUAUGGAAGGAGUUGCGGGGGGUGGGCUUCUCCUGUGCCACUCUCAUGGCAGUGAAUGGUUGGCGUGCCCUUUCCCUAAGGGUUGUGCAGGAGAUACUCCCCCCUUGCCAUUGCUCAUAUUGUGUCUGUCGUUUCUUAAUAUUGAAAGAAAUAAGCACCUGUUGGUUAGGGGUAUUUCACGGUGCCGUGUGAAGACGUGCUUUGUGUCAUGUGGUUUCUUCAUGUGUAUAUAAUAUUGAGCUUGGUCUACCUGGAAUCUCCAUUUCUCUUGCAAACGCUCGGCUGAAAGAACUGGGAGCCCUGCUGCUUUGCUUGGAGUGGGGGCUCCCGUCAAUUUCAUUGGGGGCGUCCCAGCAAACCCGCCCCUGUGACGUGUUGAAUAAAUGGAUGUUGUGUAUUUCGUGAUCUUAUAAGGGGGAAAAAAUAUCAAUGUGGCUAUUUUAUAGACUUCCAUAAUAAUAAAAAAAAUGUUGAAUCUCCAGA